AUGAUUACUGCUGCUGGACCUGCAAGAAAAGGAUACGACAUUAGAUUAAGUUUCAAAUCGUCUAAAAGAGGAGCAGCUGACUCUCAUAGAAGAAUUGGUGUUAUUCCCUCUGAUUCUAGAACGCCUAAGAGUACACCUGCACCCCAACAAAUAACACUUGAUUUCCUGGGUAGUACAUCAUCAUUGUCGUCAUCCUCAUCAUCAGAACGAAACAAUUCGACGAUGACGACAGAGCAACAGGAGGCUCCUACCCCUACUAUGGAGCAGCACAAAACACCACCACCAACAUCAUUUUCAACUUCGAGUCAUAAUUUGGAAGAAUUUUGUCCUGAACUCUAUGAGGGCCUUGAGUUGAUUUUGAAUAGCCCGAAGGAAGGAGGUACCAAGACUACCGAUACAAUUAUCAAAACUUCAAGUAUAGGAGAGGGUAAAUUCAUAGAUGAUGGCUUUUCAAUGAUGAAUUUUGAGAUACUUGAUUUCAUAGGAAAGACCAAAGUAUUCGAAGACAACUCAGAUCAUAAAUAUACCGCAAAACAUAGUUUUCUAACUGACCUGAAGAUUACUAACAUUGAAGAUACUCAAUUACUGGAACAGGAGCUGAGUACUGUUGAAGAGGAAAUGAAAACAGCAGGAAGUAGAAGUGAUGGCAGUGGUGGGGCGGUGUUAUCCCUAUCACAUCAAGAAGAAAAUAUGAUGUUGAAGCAUUUCUUUAGAAAGUUGUUACCCUUGUUGGACGCCCAUCCAGAUUCACCUUGGCCCAGUCUAGCUUUGAAAUACUGUGACUUCAAUAUAGCACGGAGUUGUUUUAUUUCACUCGCUUGUAUCCAUAUUUAUGAAAGUCGGAAGGGUGGCAACGAAUACUACCAACAAGGACUUGCCCACAUCAACAAUGCCAUGAACCAUCUCAUCAAGUAUCUUAGUGUGAACAAUGAAGAGGCCAAGAAGACUGAGAUCAACUCUUAUAUGGUCCUAGUCCUUAUAAAUGUACACGUAUUAUUCUCAGUUUUGGAAAAAGGUAUCAGUAAGCUAUCGAGGUUCUUAUACAAAGUGUUUGCCUCUCUAUGCCAAGAAAGUGAAGUCUAUGGUCUGCUAAUGGAAAACGAUAGCCAACGACUGUUAGUGAUAGUCCUUAGUUGGUAUGAUACCAUCACUGCAGUUGUGUCACCAGAUUGUCGUUUACCGUUUUGUUCGCCAUCGUGGUAUGGUGUCUACACAGAUUCAAUUUCAUCGAUUAAGAUGAUGGGAUGCCCCGGUGAAAUCCUUCGAGCUAUAUCCAAAGUAACCUUGCUUCGUCACGAGCUAUAUAACAACAAGGUAGAGUCUUCCUUCGAUAGCGUUCAACAAGACUACCAUACGAUCAAGCAAGAGUUUAUGAGCUAUCGCGAAUUUGUACCGUUGGGUUUAGGAGGCGAGUCAUUCAACUUGACAUUGAAGGGCGCCCAGUGUUGGUCGUUAGCGGGUCUCGUGUGUUUGACUCGUACGGUAAAGCCACCGUCAUGGGAGAUGCAUAUACAACGAUAUGUUCAUGAGUUCAUCGACGUGUAUGGAUCAAUGGAUCCUAUAUCGCCAACAGUAACUCAAAUGGUUUGGCCCGUCUAUGCUAUAGGGUGCGAGUGUACCACUGAAUAUGAAAGACAAAGUCUCCUCCAAUUCAUGGACACGUUAUAUACAAAUGCACAGAUGGGAACGUUGCACACGUUGAAACAGAUAGUGCUAAAUGUAUGGGAACUGGGGUUAACUCAAGAGGAGAUUCUUAGUCAAUGGUUAAAGGAUGGACAAGAAUAUCUACCUCUAUAA